GACAACGAGAAGAGACCUGAUUGUGCACGCAAGAUGGCGAUCAGUCAGUGUAGAUACGUUUUUUAGUAGCUGAAGGAAUUAUUGGAUUUCCUCUCCCAAACCCCGACCAGUCGCAAAACAACAUUGAAUAAAACGUUGCGGAUAAUGUUCGGAACGACACAAUUCCAUGUGUACAAAGUCUAAAGACCCGCAUCACUAUCCUGAAACCUUUACCGUUUCUAAAAGGACGUAUUUGAUUUUUCUCGGCCCCCAUACUGCUAAACAAGGAUGAGGGCGCGAUAUGCUCUUUGGGAUUAAGUGUGAGGGCGGUUACAUCAACAGUGAGGACAAACCCAGCCCUCCUCUCUCCUUCCACACUGAGUCCAAACCUACAGUCACUGCGUCCUGAUUGUGACAGUGGAGCCCAUUUUGCACUGCAGGAUCCAGAGAUGGCAUCAGUGAAGCUGGAAGACUGCAGUCAAACACUGGAGCUGAAUGUCAACAUUAAAGAUGAAGAAGAGGAGGAGAAGAUUGGGACAUCUGUUAUUCAUGGUAUGAGGCCGGUAACAUCAACAGUGAGGACAAACCCAGCCUGCCUCUCUCCUUCCACACUGAGUCCAAACCUACAGUCACUGGGUCUUGAUUGUGACAGUGGAGCCCAGUUUGCACUGCAGGGUCCAGAGAUGGCAUCAGUGAAGCUGGAAGACUGCAGUCAAACACUGGAGCUGAAUGUCAACAUUAAAGAUGAAGAAGAGGAGGAGAAGAUUGGGAAAUCUGUUAAUCAUGGAGACCAUGUUGAGACAUUCUCUACAUCCAGAGAGAAACAGCAGGAACAUCACAGAGCUAAGAGGUCUCACCCCUGCCCACAUUGUGAGGAGAUUUUCCCAUUUCUAUCAAAGCUAAAAGUACACCUACAAAUACACAGAGGGAAUCAAUAUUCCAAUAAUGACGUUGGGAAGAAUUUCACAACAUCCAAGACUCUGACAGUUCAUCAGAGAGUGCAUACAGCAGAGAAGCUGUUCUCCUGCUCUGACUGUGUAAAAUGCUUCACAACAUCAACUAGGCUAAAAGUUCAUCAGAGAACACACACAGGAGAGAAGCCUUACAUCUGCUCUGACUGUGCGGCAAGUUUCUCUCUACUGCGCAACUUAAAACGACAUGAACGUAUACACACAGGGGAGAAGCUUUACUCCUGCUCUGACUGUGCGGCGAGUUUCUCUCUACUGUGCAACUUAAAACGACAUGAACGUAUACACACAGGAGAGAAGCCUUACUCCUGCUCUGACUGUGGAAAGAGUUUCUCUCUACUGGGCCACUUAAAAAGACACCAACAUAUACAUACGGGAGAGAAGCCUUACUCCUGCUCUGACUGUGGAAAGAGUUUCUCUCGACUGGGCCACUUAAAAACACAUAAACAUAUACAUACAGGAGAGAAGCCUUACUCCUGCUCUGACUGUGUAAAAUGCUUCACAACAUCAACUGAGCUAAAAGUUCAUCAAAGAACACACACAGGAGAGAAGCCUUACUCCUGCUCUGAUUGUGUAAAAUGCUUCACAACAUCAACUAGGCUAAAAGUUCAUCAGAGAACACACACAGGAGAGAAGCCUUACAUCUGCUCUGACUGUGCGGCGAGUUUCUCUGUACUGUGCCACUUAAAACGACAUGAAAGUGUACACACAGGGGAGAAGCCUUACUCCUGCUCUGACUGUGGGGCGAGUUUCUCUCUACUGUGCAACUUAAAACGACAUGAACGUAUACACACAGGAAAGAAGCCUUAUCACUGCACUGACUGUGAGAAGAGAUUCUACAGAUUGGGCCAUUUAAAAAGACACCAAUGUAUACAUAAAGGAGAGAAAUAUGAGUCCCUUGCCGCCCUGAGAUACAGAUAUGUGGACGUAAUGAAGGCCCUCACCAACAUCGUGCUUUUAAGUGACAAGAAGGACGAGAUGGAUGAUGCAGCCAAAGACGCAGACCUGCACAGGGCAGUUAGCCUACUCAAGGACAUUAUAGAGGUCCUGUCCGGAUUCCGACAGGAUUUUGAGAAGGCCAAAGUCACUGCAAAGACCCUUGCCAACAAAUGGGGAGCUCAGAACGCAUUUGAAGACACUCGGAGAAGGAAGGCAAGGAAGGCGAGGCGUCAUUUUGAUGAGCUAUGCGAGGACGAGCGACUGUCUGAUGGGGUGAGUAGUUUUAGAGUCAACAUCUUUAAUGCAAACCUUGACAUCGUUAUUCACCAGCUGUCAAACCGAUUUAAAAGCCUGCGGGCAACAUCGAGUCUGUUUGACUCCAUCCAUCCCACUACCCUGGCCAACGCAGAUGAUGAUGCGCUCUACGAGACGGCCAGCCAUCUGGCUGAACAUUACAGCAAAGAUAUAUCAGCAAGCUUGGGGCGGCAGAGUGCUUUACAGAAAUCCAGCCUAAAACCACAUGAACUUAUACAUACAGGAGAGAAGCCUUACUUCUGCUCUGACUGUGGGAAGAAUUUCUCUCGACGGGGCAGCUUAAAAUCACACCAACGGAUACACACUGGAGAGAAGCCUUACUCCUGCUCUGACUGUGGGAAGAGCUUCACAACAUCUGGGUCUCUGACAAUUCAUCAGAGUGUGCACACUAGAGAAAAGCCUUACUCCUGCCCUGACUGUGGGAAGAGUUUCUCUCGACUAGGCCACUUAAAAACACAUGAACGUAUACACACAGGAGAGAAGCCUUACUCCUGCUCUGACUGUGGGAAGAGCUUCACAACAUCUGGGUCUCUGACAAUUCAUCAGAGUGUGCACACUAGAGAAAAGCCUUACUCCUGCUCUGACUGUGGAAAACGUUUUUCCCAAUUUGAUAAGUUAAAAGGUCACCAGCGUAUACAUACAGGAGAGAAGCCUUACUACUGCUCUGACUGUGGCAAGAGUUUCUCUCUACAGGACAGCUUAAAAUCACACCAACGGAUACACACAGGAGAGAAGCUUUACUUCUGUUCUGACUGUGGGAAGAAUUUCUCUCGACAGGACAGCUUAAAAUCACACCAACGGAUACACACAGGAGAGAAACCUUACUUCUGCUCUGACUGCAGGAAGAAUUUCUCUCGACAGGACAACUUAAAAGUUCAUCAGAGAGUGCAUACAGGAGAAAAGCCUUACUCCUGCUCUGACUGUGUGAAAUGCUUCACAACAUCAACUGAGCUAAAAGUUCAUCACCGAACACACACAGGAGAGAAGCCUUACUCCUGCUCUGAUUGUGGAAAGAGUUUCUCUCAACUGGGCACCUUAAAACAACAUGAACGUAUACACACAGGAGAGAAGCCUUACUCCUGCUCUGAAUGUGGAAAGAGGUUCUCUGUACUGGACCACUUAAAAACACAUGAACGUAUACAUACGGGCGAGAAGCCUUACUCCUGCUCUGACUGUGUAAAAUGCUUCACAACAUCAACUGAGCUAAAAGUUCAUCAGAGAACACACACAGGAGAAAAGCCUUACUCCUGCUCUGAUUGUGUAAAAUGCUUCACAACAUCAACUAGGCUAAAAGUUCAUCAGAGAACACACACAGGAGAGAAACCUUACUUCUGUUCUGACUGUGCGGUGAGUUUCUCCCUACUGGGCCACUUAAAACGACAUGCACGGAUACACACAGGAGAGAAGCCUUACUCCUGCUCUGACUGUGGAAAGAGUUUCUCUCUACUGGGCCACUUAAAACGACAUGAACGUAUACACACAGGAGAGAAGCCUUACUCCUGCUCUGACUGUGGAAAGAGUUUCUCUCUACUGGGCCACUUAAAAAGACACCAACAUAUACAUAAGGGAGAGAAGCCUUACUCCUGCUCUGACUGUGGAAAGAGUUUCUCUCGACUGGGCCGCUUAAAAACACAUGAACAUAUACAUACAGGAGAGAAGACUUACUCCUGCUCUGAUUGUGAAAAAUGCUUCACAACAUCAACUGAGCUAAAAGUUCAUCAGAGAACACACACAGGAGAGAAGCCUUACUCCUGCUCUGAUUGUGUAAAAUGCUUCACAACAUCAACUGGGCUAAAAGUUCAUCAGAGAACACACACAAAAGUUCAGCUUUACUCCUCAUUUGACUAUGGGAAGAGUCUCAACUGAACGACUUAAACAACAUGAACAUAUACACAGGAGAGAAGCUUUUCUCCUGCUCUGACUGUGGAAAGCGUUUCUCUCGAAUGGGCCAGUUAAAGAGACACCAAGGUAAACAUAAAGGAAUUGAAUUGGAUCAAAUGAAUAAAGUGUAGAACACUCUAUUGUAAUCCUAUUGUUUCUCACUGUGAGAGAACUGUGCAGAGGAAAGGGAGUGUUAUAGAAUGUUAGCCUCUCUUUACUUUACUGAUCAGUGUGCACCUGGUCAGUUUUGGUUAGUUUUGUUAGCUUCUACUGUGAAGAUAUUGAGAUGACGUUGUAUUUGCCCUUAGGGUUGAAUAUCCUGUGAGGUGUCUCACAAUGGAUUCUGAUGGUUGACUGGGUGGUACUGCUUCCCUCUGCAGUUUUCUGUGGGAAGAAGCUAGUAGACACAACCUACACUGAGUGUACAAAACAUUAUGGACAGCUGUUCUUUCCAUGACAUAGACUGACCAGGUGAAAGCUAUGAUCCUUAAUGAUGUAGUUUUUUGUGUAUUUAUUAUGGAUCCUCAUUAGCUUUCAGCAAAAAUCAACAAACUGCGGUUGCAGUGGGCUAAGGAAUGAAAACACUGGACACUAGAAAAUUGGAAAACUAUUGCCUGGUCUGAUGAAUGCCUGUUCCUGCUGUUUCACGCUGAUGGGAGGACUAGGGUAUGGAGGA